GUAAAAGGGAUGAAAGACCUGCAGUUUUGCAUUAUUUUUGUUCUUUUUGAGCAUUAGACGUGCAUGGUUAUCUGGCCUGUUCACUGUGCAUCUAAUGGUACUUGUAACCCCUUUACUGGUGUUUCUAAGCAACCGGUAAAAUGAGGGCUUAACCGAGGAUUUAGAAACACUUGAAUGACUGUGAUUUAUUUGGUAGGAGCAUGUUGAUCAUCCUUACAACCGGUGGAGGAAGAACGGCAUCACUUUAAACUGCACUGUAACUCGUCAGCGGUCGAAAAGAGCAAGAGAAAUGGGGAUGCAGCCGCCGGAGACACUCACCGUUGGCAGCGAGGUGGUCGACACAAUGUCUGAAGUCACCACUGUUCUGCUUCUGCUGCUGCUACUGCUGCUGUUCACGGCCUGGAGCCGAAUAAAACGGUCACAUAUACCCGGUCCGUCCUUCUUGGCAGGACUCGGUCCUAUCCUCUCCUACGGCAGAUUCAUCUGGACGGGGAUAGGAACAGCGAGCAACUAUUACAACAACAAAUAUGGCAGCAUUGUCCGGGUCUGGAUUAACGGCGAGGAGACCCUCAUUCUGAGCAGAUCUUCAGCAGUGUAUCAUGUCCUGAGGAGCGCCCACUACACAGCCAGAUUCGGGAGCAAAAAAGGGCUGGAGUGUAUUGGGAUGGAAGGGAGGGGUAUCAUUUUCAACAGCGAUGUUCUGCUCUGGAGAAAAGUGAGGACAUAUUUCUCUAAAGCUCUGACAGGCCCAGGCCUCCAGCGUACGGUGAGAAUCUGUGUGAGCUCCACAGCCAAACAUCUGGACCACUUGCAGAAGAUGACCGACCCCUCCAGACACGUGGACGCUCUCAAUCUGCUAAGAGUCAUAGUGGUGGACAUCUCCAACAGGCUUUUCCUGAGGGUGCCGCUCAAUGAGAAGGACUUGCUGAUGAAAAUCCACAGCUACUUUGAGACCUGGCAAACAGUUCUUAUAAAGCCUGAUAUAUUCUUCAAGAUUGGAUGGCUGUACAACAAGCACAAGAGAGCAGCCCAAGAGCUGCAGGACGUGAUGGAGAGCCUUCUUGAAAUGAAAAGAAAGAUUAUAAAUGAGUCUGAGAAGCUGGAUGAUGAUCUUGAUUUUGCAACAGAGCUCAUCUUUGCUCAGAAUGUCGGAGAGCUUUCAGCAGAUAACGUCAGGCAGUGCGUGCUGGAGAUGGUGAUUGCAGCACCUGACACACUCUCCAUCAGCCUCUUCUUCAUGCUGAUGCUGCUGAAACAAAACCCAGACGUAGAGCUGAGGAUAGUGGAGGAGAUGAACGCUGUCUUGAGUGAAAAAGGUGAAAACAUUGAUUAUCAAAGCUUAAAAGUGUUGGAGAAUUUCAUCAACGAGUCUUUGCGAUUUCAUCCGGUGGUUGAUUUCACAAUGCGAAAAGCUCUGGAGGAUGACAACAUCGAAGGCACUAAAAUCCCAAAAGGAACCAACAUCAUUCUCAACAUUGGUCUUAUGCAUAAGACCGAAUUCUUCCCAAACCCAAAAGUGUUCAACCUGAUGAACUUUGACAAAACAGUGCCCAGUCGUUUCUUCCAGCCAUUCGGAUGCGGGCCUCGUUCCUGCGUGGGCAAACACAUAGCCAUGGUGAUGAUGAAGGCCAUCCUGGUCACUCUGUUGUCUCGUUACACCGUGUGUCCUCGCCGUGGCUGCACCCUCAACAGCAUCCGGCAGACGAACAACCUGUCACAGCAGCCUGUGGAGGACGAGCACAGCCUGGCCAUGCGCUUCAUCCCUCGAACCACAUCAACUCAACACAGUCAGCACUGAGACACGUGCAGGGGUCACAUUUUGGUGGAAACUACUUGGUAGUGCAUAUUGUGAAGUAUGUAACCGAUACAAAAAUAUUCCCUUGAUUGUACAAAUGUGCAAAAACCCACAACCGUUGGUACUUUGGGUUUUCAUAGUUCAAUAUAGAGUGCUGCAGGAAUGGGUCCUAAACCCAGGACAUGGUUCCCUCGUCUCAAAGUCAAUGGGUUUUUUUCAGUAACUCCCGCUCUCUUGGAUUUUUAAAGUUUUUACAUGUAUUAAAAAAAAGUUUAAGUGAGACCAUAAAACAUCACUUUGUAGCCUAACGUGUGUUCAUUUGUGAAGAAUAUCUCGCUGAACAAAACGUGUAAAUAUCAUAACCUUGUGUUUGCUACGGAUCUUAUUUUCUGCAAUAAUCACAAAUCCAAUCGAAAACCUCAUUGGCUUUUUGUCGAUGGAACCAGUGCGACGCUAACUUCCGGGUUGAUCUACAAAAAUACGCCAUCCCUGCAGACGUCUCUUUCUUACUAAAUGUUGUCUAUUUUGACGUUACUGACCUUUAACAAAUACUACUGACAGUUUUAACAGAAACAGUGCAAGCAUGAUCUUCUAGCCCACGUGAUGCAGUUUGUAAAAACAGGAUAGACAUGGAUAUAGAUGUUGUUUAGCUGUCUUAAGGUAUCAAAAUGCUGUCCUAAUGUGGAGCCAACUUGCUUUUGUUUAGGACCUGGACUGAGUCAAUCAGACAGUCAUUUUGUAAUAUUGAUCUGAGUUCAGUCCUGUUAAUGAAGUUAAAACAUGUUAAAACAAGUCAAUGACAUAUUUUACAGACAGUAUCUGUUUCCUUUAGCGUUACUGUUUAGGUUUACUGUUUUAAGAAUUAAUAAAGUUAAAAUAUCAAUGUUAAAGUAUAGAAUAGUGAGGAGUGUUACAUACAAAUGUAUAUAUAUAUAUAUAUAUAUAAAAUAUUGGGUGUAAAUGCAUUAGUAUGAUGAAUCCAGAUAGAAACUCAUUAACCCUCACUAUCUUAUAUUGUUUUUUUCCAUGUUAAAUCUCUAUAAAAAAGGUUGAUAGUAUUCAGAGAUAACUUCUUUUUAGGGUCUCAGUGAAUGGAAAUGUGGACUGUACGACAAAGGCUGCAAAUCAAAUGAUACUAGUAUUUUUUUUGUGUUUUUUUGGUGUUUGUAGUAAGUAAAUACUCAUUCAAUAAAUAUUUCAAAUAUCCCAUGAGAGGAAA